AUGUUUAUCCUCAUUUUCGCAUUGUACAGUUUGUCGUUUACUCAUGUCAUCGGAAGCAGUCAUAAUUGUACAGGUACAAGCACUCUGAUUACCUUUGACGACUUACCAACGAUAACUGUCUCGACCUUGAUAUCGAAUGGCUAUUUUGGAUUGAGUUGGUCGAACGCAUAUUACGAUGCUGCUUCCAGAAAUGUACCAGGAAGCGGAUAUUAUACGGCACUCUCAAGUGGUUCAUAUAUAACCCUCAAUGGUUUUGGAAAUCCUAUGGCUAUUGCAUCGACAACACCCAACACUUUUAAUAUUAGUUCAUUUAUAGCAGCUGCUGCAUGGAACGAUAAUUUGAAUUUGGCAAUAAGCGGAAAACGAAAUGGAACAACGGUUUAUCAACAAACUGUCACUUUACAAGUAACGAACUCGACAUGGGUGUCUCUGAAUUGGACUUAUAUCGACACAGUUACGUUUACAACAUCAGGAGGAACCGUGAACUCUUUGUUCGCAGGCACUUACAGUGGAUCGCAGUUUGCAAUGGAUGACUUAUGUGUAGAUAUAAAUUCAUUUUACACGAGUACAACAUCGGUGUAUGGAACUUCCACAACACGCUCUGGAUCCGGAGGCGGUGGCAAUGGCGACGGAGAUGGGGGAGAUGGUGGUGACGGCCUCGAUCUCGAGCUUGAACUUGAGCUUGGUAAGAAACCCAAAGCGACCAUCACCAUAGGGGGUCUGCCUGUUGCAGUAUUCGCAGGAACAAUGGCUGCAGUCGUUGUUGCACUUAUCAUCUUUGCAUUUCUUCUCUGGUGUUUCAUCAGUUCAAAAUGUUGCACGCAAAAGCCGCAUUGUCGCGGAUGUGGAGGAGGCGGGUGUUAA